UCAUGCCGGAGAGACGUGUUGGAAAAGUUCCGUUUCCAUGCGUCAAACUGUGAAGAAAAUGGCGAGUAUGUGGAGACUGAAGCAGAGGGGUUAUGUGAAUGGAUUUAACUGUAAUUGUGUGGUGUGGAAACAGUCUCUUCAGUUGAGUACGACAGAACGCGAGCCUUCGGAGAAUGAAAAAGGAAGCGUCAACUUUGACGCGUUUUCUUUUCAGUAAAAUGGAUUACUGUACGCGGCGUUGCACCUACCGAAUGAAUUGCAAACAACUCUCUCUUCAGCGACCAAGAGAUAAUUGACCAAAGAUCUGAUGUAUCGACAUUCCGAUUGGGUUUAAUGGAAGUACAUCGCAGGUGUCGGACAAAUAUCGCAUUUAAUAUGUUUUGAAGAUGUUUUCCUCGCGCAUAAAAGGACAACACUCGCCAUAGGGUCGCGCGGCGUGCUCGCGAACGUACUUCGCCGAUGUUUGAUCAUCAAGAUCAUCAGUCAUUGGACACCAAGAAGCAAUAGACAUACAUCUACUUGGAUUGUUUUAUAUGUGUAAUCUGCUGUAUUGACUGUAUAAUGGCCUUCAGGACCAGAAGACCGUGGGUGAGUGUGAUCGUAGGGUUUUUUAUUGGGUUCACAGCCGCGUCGUGGCUGGUUGUGCCCAGAGUUGUGGAAAUAAGUGUGAAGAACAGAAGAUCCUCAAUAUGUGCAUACUACAGUAACGCCAAGGCUCAGAAAGUUUCAGACACUGCUCGCAGUAGCUCAUUUUCCAAUGGCAGACACAAGCAGAAGGGUCUAUUCUCCAACGAUGAAGGUGAAGAAGAUCUUUACAGGACAGUGAACAGCAGUGAUAGAGAAGGACCGAUUCCUCCGGUCAAAAGCUUCCUGUAUGUGGGGGUAAUGACGGCACAGAAGUAUCUGGCCUCCAGAGCCGUGGCUGCCCACAGGACGUGGACUUCCAGCAUCCCCGGGCGGGUGGAGUUCUUCUCCAGUGAGGGCUCUGAAAAGGUGCCCCUGCCAACUUUAGUGCCCGUCAUCUCACUGGCAGGAGUGGAUGAUUCAUACCCCCCCCAGAAGAAGUCUUUCAUGAUGCUAAAGUACAUGCACGACCAUUACCUGGAUAAAUAUGAGUGGUUUAUGAGGGCCGAUGAUGAUGUCUACAUUAGAGGUGAGAAGUUGGAGUUAUUUCUCCGCUCUCUUAACAGCAGUAAACCACUUUAUCUUGGUCAGACUGGUUUGGGGACCACAGAGGAGCUGGGUAAACUGGCCCUGGAGCCUGGAGAGAACUUCUGCAUGGGUGGUCCAGGGAUGAUCUUCAGUAGGGAAGUUCUCCGCAGGAUGGUGCCACACAUCGGGGAAUGUCUCCGGGAGAUGUACACUACACAUGAAGAUGUGGAGAUAGGACGCUGUGUUAGGCGGUUUGGAGGGACGCAGUGUGUCUGGUCAUAUGAGAUGCAGCAGCUAUUCUAUGAGAACUAUGAGCACAACAAGAAAGGUUUCAUCCAGGAGCUGCACAGCAGCAAGAUCCACAAUGCCAUCACAUUGCACCCCAACAAACGUCCAGCCUACCAGUACCGGCUCCACAGUUACCUGCUUAGCCGCAAGAUCUCUGAGCUGCGAUACCGCACUGUUCAGCUUCACCGUGAAGGUGUCACCAUGAGUCGCCUCGGCAAUGCUGAAGUGCAUUGGGAGGACCAGAUGCUGGGGGCACCACCUUCCUACACACGCUACCGGCCCACCAAGCGUGGAGACGUCAUCGAGUGGGACUUUGUAACCAGCAGGCACUUGUACUCCACCAGUGAAAAGCAAAUGCCUCGUCAGGGCCUUGGAAACCUGGUCCGCACAGCACUGGAGGACACGGUGCUUCAAGUGAUGGAGAUGAUCAACGAGAACUCCAAAGCUCGCGGACGUGUCAUCGACUUCAAGGAGAUCCAGUAUGGCUAUAGACGGGUGGAUCCGCUUCACGGUGCUGAAUACAUCCUAGAUCUUCUGCUGCUUUACAAGAAGCACAAGGGCAGGAAAGUCACGGUUCCUGUCCGGAGACACGCAUACCUGCAGCAGUCCUUCAGUCAGCCGUUCUUCAGUGAGGCAGAGGAGUUGGACAUUGAAAAACUAGAGGAAGCCAUCAAUAGUGACUCUAGUUCGCUCUCCUUCCUCUCCAGCUCGUUCAAGAUCUUCUCUUCCUUUCAGAUCUCAGAUUCCACGAAAGAGACGCAAAGUCCAAAAAAGGUUCACUUCCUCGUACCACUCACUGGCCGCUACGGAAUCUUUGUGCGUUUCAUGGAAAACUUUGAGAGAGUCUGCCUUAUUCCCAACCAAAAUGUCAAGCUAACCAUAAUCCUGGUUGAUAAUGAUACCAAUCAGGACAAGGAGAGACACCUGGAGUUGAUAAAGGAAUACCACUACAAAUACCCUAAAGCAGACCUGUCCAUCAUACCUAUGACGGGAGAAUUCUCUCGUGGCUUUGCCCUUGAGAUGGGCUCUUCCCAAUUGAGAAACAACUCAUUGCUGUUCUUCUGCGAUGUGGACCUGGUUUUCAAUUCUGACGCUCUCCAGAGGUGUCGAGACAACACCAUUGAAGGAAGUCAGGUGUAUUUCCCUGUCAUCUUCAGUCAAUAUGAUCCCAAAAUUGUUUAUGCUGGUGACCCUCCAGAAGACAGCAGCUUUGUUUUUACCAGGAAGAGUGGGUUCUGGCGGGAUUAUGGGUUUGGUAUCACCUGCAUAUACAAAAGUGAUUUGCUCAAAGCAGGAGGUUUUGACACAUCAAUCCAAGGCUGGGGUUUGGAGGAUGUUGAUUUGUUCACAAAAGUCAUUAACUCUGGUUUGAAAGUGUUCCGCUCUCAAGAAGCUGGUAUUGUGCAUAUUUAUCACCCUGUUCUCUGCGACACUCAUUUAGAGCCCAGGCAAUACAAAAUGUGCCUCGGAUCCAAAGCGAGCACUUACGCAUCCACAAUGCAGUUAGCAGAAUUGUGGUUGUUGAAACAUUUAGAAGUCGGUUAUAACAGGACCUCUUCCUGACGUUCCAACAAAUCCAUUGGCAUCGCUAGACUUAACCUCAGUUCUGCAUGAUUGCAAACAGCAAAAGGCUGACUGACUGUAUGUUUGCAUGUUUGUAGCUGGUAUGGUUGAAUGUAAGCCCAUAUACAUUUAUUACAUAAUUUUUUUCUAGGUACACUCCGAUUCCUUUGGUGCAGCAUCUUUCAGUGGGUUCUCUUUGCCAUGUAAUCUGUAACCAAAGGAUAUUUAUUGUACAGGUCUGAACAGAAGGUCACUUUGGGGGAAGGUUUAUUGUUUGCCAUCUUGUAAUCUGUUAUUAUCCUCAGGAGCUCUUCUUAAGUGAACACCAUGCUUGAACGUUAAUAUGGUCCUCUUAAUGACUCAAGGAGAAACAAGCUCUGUUCCAAAACCUAGUGUGAGCUCCUAACCUAAAUAGCUUUUUUUAAGUAUCAUUGUUGCGCUUCCAAUGUUCAGGCUGUUCCAAAACAUAUCUCUAGAUUAAAACCUCACAUGUAUACUUUGCAAUAAAUGCAAUCCCAGAAUGUAUCAUCCCAGUCCGAAAAUGAGAUUUUGAUUAUAAAUAGGUUUCAUUCAAUAUUGAAUUGAAAAACUAUCAAUACUAAAUAGUUCAGCCUAAUUAAAAAGGACUACUUUGCCCAAAAUGUCUAUGUGAUAUGUAUAUUUAUACUUUAGAGUAUCACAAUGUUAACUUAGCAAGAGUGUCCCAAAUCAGUCAGUAAUGAGGCUCCAUGAUGGUAUGGACAGUAUGGUAUGGUUUUGGAACAGAAAUAUGGUGUUUAAAUGGUCUAUAUGUGAUUAAAUGGACUCAAGCAAUCCAAUCUUGCAAUGUCGUUAAUAAUAAUAAUUAUAAAGAUGUUCAUGACAAUAAUAAUAAUGUAAAGAAAGUGCCACAAAUGUGCUUUAAAUAUUCCCGUUGGGGAAAGUGACUGAAGACACAUAGAUUUCUCUUAUUAAUACAAAGAGAAAGAUUACUUUAUUGCAGUAUUUUUUAUUAUAUAUAUGAACUUUUUUCUCUCUCCAUUUUCUACUUCGUUGCUCAUGAUAUUUUGGUACUUGUUACUCAUGUUUUUUAUUUUACCUGUGUGCUUCAAUGAACCCUACAUACAUUUUGUUUGCUUUGUGGCGAUUAGCCUGCGUGAAUUACUAAAUUUUUUUAUUUAUAAUUAAAACAUCAAAAUGCAUACUUUUCAACCAGAAUGUCUUGGAUUUAAGUAUGUUCUAAUCUAGAGAUCUAAACAUUAUAUAUCAUGUUGGAAUGAAGUUAUAAUUAUAAUAGGGGUCAAAAAGUCAGAGCCCACCAGUGGAAUUGCUUCUGUUUGGCAUUUCCUAAUAUAAUCCAAUUUCUAAAUUUGUCAAUGUCUCAAGAUGAAUUAAAUAUUGACUUAAAUUGAUAUUGAAUUAAAUAGUACAGGUUCUUGAAUAUUUCAUCUUCAUUUUACAUUAUUUGUUUUUUGUUUUAUUUCCAGGUCCAAAUAAAAAAAUAAAUAAUAAUAAAUCCAAGAUUUUUAUAGAUUAUGUUGAUUAAUUAAUCUAAUUAAUCGCAAUUAACUGCAUACAGUAUAUCAAUAUUUAAUAUAUAAUGAUUAAAUUAUAGAGCUGUCAAAAUUAAUGUGUUAAUGCAUGCGAUUCAUUGAAAAUGUUUGACUCGUACAGUAAAUUUGUUGGGAUAAAUUUGCACAUUUAAUGCAUUUACCAAUUUACAUUUCUGACAUUUUGUUCAGCUCUGUGUAAGUUCUAAACACUGGUUGGAGUAAGACAGAAGCUUUUGAGAUGUGUCGAGGGACAUUAUUACACUGACGCAUACACCACAAACACAGCGAUUCCAUAUCAGUGAUCAAUUGAUGGGGAAAGGACCUCUUAAUGCUAUUAUGUGUGCAGUGUCAGCGCUAAAAGCAGAACAAGAUGUCUGCAGUGCUUUUCAUGUGGAGUUCAAUGCGGAGCUUGACGAUGCCGUUGAUGCCCUGACGUCAAUCAUGAAUGCUGCUUCAUGAUUGCUAUAGCCACAGUCUGCCGGCUGAUUAAUAUUGUGGAGGAUGAGAUUCAUCCUCUCAGACUUUGUGAAAUGUUUGUUACUUGAAUUGGUGCUUUUUGUGCAUUUCUAUCUUUAUACUGUGGAAGACUUUGUUUGGAAAAUGUUUAAUAAAGCAUUAUUGUUGCAUAUUGUUAAUUUCAGCA